AUGGCAUGUAUCGCAUAUUUGUCUCAACGGCUCUGCGGGGUAGAAAGCUGGCCACCAAGGUCUUGUCGUACCACCAUCUCCAGACCGUCCAUCGUCGUCUACCUAUCAAGAGCACAUUCUGCCAGCCCCCUUUGUCCCUCUUGGGAUAGGUAUGGCUCGCUGGAUGGAGACUCUCAUCCAGCAAACAAGGCCAAGAGUUCCCAUUCCACGGCAUCAAGCUAUGGAAGCUAG